GGUGAUGAGUCAGUUGAAUGCUACAGAUGUCAUAAGAAGGGCCACAGGGCGAACGUGUGUCCGAUGAAGGAUCUAGAGUGCAGCAACUGUCACAAGCGAGGUCAUGAGGAAAGGAACUGUCGAGUUCGUGCGUUCGACAGCAAGUCCGGUAGUGUGGGC